CUCUCUUUCUUUCCUUCUUUAACUUAGAAUUCCAGUCUUAUGACAUCCCUCAAGGCCAUCUUAUCCGUGCCAUUUGAGAGUCGUGACAGUAUUCAUUCUCACUCCUCGUCCUCAAUCUGAAAAUGGCUGGACGACAACAAGCAGUAGCAGCAUUCUUGGAGGAAAAAUCGAGUCUGGCUUUGCUGUUACUCUUCCUGCUGAAUCCCAGCUCAAGAUGCCCAAUGUCUGGCACCAAGACAAAGAUGAAAUCACUCUCAAUCUUCAUCUUCCACAAAGAUGAAAACUCCCAGCCUCGACAGAUAAUCAACACUCAACACACACAACUCUUCCCUCCCAUCCCCUUCCUCUCCACAGCUCAGCCUCCUCAACCCCUCCCAUCCUCCCAUCCACAACGCAUAAACCCCAUUGCGCAAUCCCCGUCUCGAGCUCCCUUCUUCCCUCCCUCGCUCCCUUACCCCAAGUCCAGCCCAGCCCAGCCCAGCCUCGCUACCCCAUACCCCAUUCCAAUAGACGAACCGAACACUUACUGCCGACAACCUCCCUCCCUGGACUACACUCACAGUUUCAGACCCUUAGCUCAGCUUACGUAGCUUCUUAGCUAGAUAGCAGCAGUGUAGUAUACAGCCUGAAAGGAGCAUAAUCUUCCGGGAGGAACCUUAAUCUCUCUCUCUUUCUAUCUCUGUCUUUCCGGGGAAGAGAGGGAGGGAGGGAGGGUUGAGGCGUAGGCACGAGACACACUUACCUUACUUGACUUACUUUCUUGGGUGUCCGCGCUUCGAGGAUGGAGAUAUCUGGCGAGCGAGCGCUUAAGCAUCUCGCAUCACAACACGCUGCAGAAGAUCGAUAUCUGCAGUCGCACGAAGGAGAG